AUGAAGACAGUUCAGCUCGUCGGCAAGGAAGUAGGCCAGGUGGGCUAUGGGCUCAUGGGUCUAACAUGGCGCCCCAGCCCACCCUCCCAGGCCCAGUCCUUCAAAGCCAUGCGCGCCGCCCUCGCCCACGGCGCCAACUUCUGGAACGGCGGCGAAAUCUACGGCUCCCCAGAGCGCAACUCGCUGCAUCUCCUCAGCGAGUAUUUCACGCAGUAUCCCGACGACGCGGACAAGGUGGUGCUGUCGAUCAAGGGCGCGCUGCUUCCCGGCCAGAUGGUGCCGGAUAGCAGCGCGAAGAAUAUAAAGCGCAGCAUCGACGAGUGCUUGCGGUUUCUGGAUGGGAAGAAGAGUCUGGACUUGUUCGAGUGUGCGCGAUUGGACGGGAAGACGGAUAUCGAGGAUGUGGUAGCGACGAUUGGGGAGUACGUGAAGGCAGGCAAGGUCGGAGGCAUCAGCUUGAGCGAAGUCAGUGCGAAGACGAUUCGGAGGGCGGCGAAGGUGCAGAAAAUCGCUGCCGUGGAGGUGGAGUUUUCGCUCUGGGCGACGGACUUGCUGGAGAAUGGGGUCGCGGAGGCUUGCAAGGAGCACGAUAUCCCGAUCAUCGCUUAUUCGCCACUGGGUAGAGGGUUCUUGACCGGGCAAUACAAGUCCUUCGACGAUCUUCCAGCAGACUCAAUGCUCAGAUCCUACCCUCGAUUCCAGCCUGAUGUCUUCGACGAGAACUUGAAGCUAGUCAGGGAGGUUGAGACUAUUGCGAAGCAGAAGAGCGUCACGCCUGCUCAGAUUGCGAUCUCUUGGAUUCUCGCGAAGAGCGGACAGGACGGCUAUCCUGUCAUCAUCCCUAUCCCCGGAGCUACUACCGAGGAGCGCAUCAACGAGAACAUGAACCCUAUACCCCUAACUAAGAAGGAUGUGGCCGCUAUCGAUGAUGCCCUUAAGAGGGUCACGGUGAAGGGUAACAGGUACCCAGACGCUGGCAUGCAUCACGUCGACAUGUAG